CCGUAGAUAGCAGAAGCUAGGACGAACAGCAGGCAGGAUGGGGGUGGCAGCGACGAGGGGAGCGGGCAAAGGCGACUUUUUCAUGUUAUAUAUCAAGCCUGUCCCUCGUCUCGCCGGGCUCCUCUCCCGCUCUUCUUCCUCCCCUUCUUCCCUUUUGCUGCCUUCCUCGCUUUUUCUUCUCGUCCCAUCUCUUGCUUGACGCUGCUCGGGGCUCUCUCACUCUAGGAAGACAGGCGAGCAUCGAGCAUCUCCCUCCACCCAUCAUGUCCGACAAGGAAACUGCGCCUGUUCAGGCGACGGAGCAGCAUGAUGAGAAGCAGGUCAUCAAGGAUGUCGCCCAGGACCCUGUGCUCGACACCAAGGCCGGCUCUGAUAUUGAUGCCGAGAAGGGCGAGGGCUUCGAGACCCCCGACGGCGAGGAGCCCACGGAGAGCGAAAAGUUCAAUCUCAGACAUAUCGGCGAGAGCUUGCCCCUGUCCGCCUGGCUGGUCGCCGUCGUCGAGCUGUGUGAACGCUUCACAUACUACGGCAUGAACGGCCUGUUCCAGAACUACAUCCAGCGUCCAUUCGACGGAAGCGAAGGUGUUGGUGCUCUUGGCCUCGGCCAUCAGGGUGCUACUGGAUUGACCACCUUCUUCCAAUUCUGGUGCUAUGUUACUCCUAUCUUCGGUGCCAUUGUUGCCGACCAGUACCUCGGAAAGUACAAGGCCAUUCUGUACUUCUGCUUCGUCUACAUGGCCGGUCUCAUCAUCCUCGUGGCUACCUCUGUCCACAACUCUCUCGCCCACGGAGCUGGUCUCGGUGGAUUCAUUGCCUCUAUCAUCAUCAUCGGUAUCGGUACCGGUGGUAUCAAGUCCAAUGUCGCUCCCCUGAUCGCUGACCAGUACAAGCGCCGUGUGCCCGCCGUCUCUACCUUGUCCACUGGCGAGCGUGUCAUCAUCGACCCGGCCAUCACCAUCCAGAGAAUCUACAUGAUCUUCUACGCCUGUAUCAACAUCGGUUCUCUCUCCCUGCUGGCCACCCCUUACAUGGAGCUGUACAUCGGCUUCUGGUCCGCCUACUUGCUCUGUCUCUGCGUCUUCGUGGUUGGAACCGUCACCCUCAUCCUCGGACGCAAGGCCUACGUCGUCCGCCCUCCAACCGGCUCCAUCAUCACCAAUGCCUUCAGCGCUCUCUGGAUCAUGAUUACCAGCCGCAACAUGGAACGCCCCCAAGCCUUCCUACCAGGCCGAGCACGGCAACCGCCGCACCGUCGCCUGGGACGACCAGUUUGUCGACGAGCUCAAGCGUGCCCCUCGUUGCCUGCAAGGUCUUCUGCUUCUACCCAAUCUACUGGGUCGUUUACAACCAGUUCUCCGGUAACUUCGUCUCCCAGGCCGCUCAGAUGGAGGGGCACGGCAUCCCCAACGAUCUCAUGCAGAACUUCGACCCCAUUGCCAUUCUCGUCUUCAUCCCCAUCCUCGACCGCAUCGUCUACCCGAUCAUGCAGAAACUUCACAUCCCAUUCCCACCCAUCUCCCGUAUCUCCGUCGGUUUCAUCGUUGCCUCUCUUGCCAUGGCCUACGCUGCCAUCGUCCAGCACCUCAUCUACAGCGCAGGACCAUGCUACGAGCACCCUCUCGCCUGUCCAGAGGGUAAGGUCAACGGUGUCGCUCUGGGCAACCACGUCCAUAUCGCCAUCCAGACCCCCGCUUACAUGCUCAUCGGUAUCUCCGAGAUUUUUGCCUCCGUCUCCGGUCUCGAAUACGCCUACACCAAGGCCCCAGUCUCCAUGAAGUCCUUCGUUCAGUCCAUGUACUUGCUCACCAACGCCUUUGGCUCCGCUAUCGGAGAGGCCCUUGUCCCCGUCGCCUACGACCCUGCUAUCAAGUGGAUGUUCGUGUCUUUGGCCUGCGUUUCCUUCUCCACCGGUAUCCUCUUCUUCAUCAUCUUCCGUGGUCUCAACGCGAAGGAAGAAGAGAUGAACAGAAUGGACAAGGACAAGGUUUAGAUGAGAUGAGACGAGACGCAAGAUGAGAUGUCUGUCAUGUAUAGGAUCUUUCUAAUUACCAUUAUUUUUUAUAUUUUUUCUUUCUCUCUCUCAGCUCUGAAAUACGAACUAGUUUCAUAAAACUAGAUCCCUGCAUGUUGGCUAUGAAGACUUAUCUUCACCUUCACCUUCACACACCCCGAAGGAUGUACAUAUAGAAGCAUUAUAAUGAAUCAAACGCUUCUCCAUGCCUCUUCCUCUCGUAACCAUCCAUCUUGCCCAUUAUCAUCCGCUCUGCCCUCGUCGUCUCCCAUCGCCAUCUUCACCCAACUAGCUCGUGUGAUCUUCGAAAUGUAACCUUCACCGGGAGUUGCUUAUGUAACCGCUUCCCUUCCUGCCAAUAACAAACGCGCGCUUUCAACAAUUCCAAGGAAGAUCUUCGAUC